AUUUGUUUUGGUUCGAGGCAUAAACAGCUGACUAUGAUUCUAAUUUAUUGUGCUACUAGGUGCCCAAUAUAAUAGGUGAACUGUAAUUGUUUUCUCGAGAAUCAAGAGAAUGAAAAGGAGGAACGAGAAGUAGGGUUUAGAGUGGGAUAAUAAAAGAGUAAUAUAAUAAUAGAAGCAGGAAUGAAGAGGUGGAUGUAAAAAGAGCAGGCGCACUAGUUACAUUAUAGUGUUUCUUCAUUUUCGUGGGACUAACCUUGUUACCUCUGAAGGCCUUUUUCUAUGCUUUUUAGUUCUUACACUUCAAACAUGCUUAAUCAAUUGUACAUUCAUGGAACAUAUUUUUCAAUCAUCUAUGCAAUCCUUUAUAAGUUGCCGAUGAGUGGUGCUUAUUUAAUUUUGUUUUUGAAUAACAUAGUUUUCCCUCUUUCUGAAUAGGUGCGCUUGAGUGAGAGAGAGAAGCAGAAAAUGCAGAUCUGGUCUCUUAUUAUGCCUUACAAAGAAUCCUUUGCCUGGGCUAUUGUUCCGUUAUUUGAUAACAGUAUUGCUGUAAUUUCUAGGGGAAGCAGCCCUCUUGCUCCAAGUGUAUCUGGCUCAAGCUCCCAUGACGGUGUUUUUGAGCCUGCAGCAAAGAUCACAUUGGAUGGAAAGUUGGGCUAUUCAAGUGGAAUCUCUGUUGUGGUUGAAAUAUCAAAUUUAAAUAAAGUUAAGGAAAGCGAUACCUGGGACUCGCUUCAGGUGUGGUUGAGAUGUAAUUCAUUUAUAUUGAUUUCUUUCACUUUAUCUUUGUAUAAAUUAUUUAUGAACACUCUCUCGCUUCAGGUGCCUAUAAACGUUCUUUCCGGUAAAUAUACCACUUCAUUUGUAGUGUUCUCUCAUAUCUUUCAUCUCCAGUAUCUCUAAGGAACCUAGUUGUGCCUGUUUUCUGUAGUAUUCGUGUUUCUUUUACCCUUAACCAGUGCAAAUGUUUGAAUUUGUUCGUAUUUGAUUCUUGUUGUAUUCAAUAUUUUUUGAUUGAUUUACAUUUUUGCUGCUUCUCUUCCAUGUGCUUCUAUAUUUAAAAAAAAAAAAAUUGCUGCUUAUUUUCCAUAUUAAGCUCAAAGUUGAGACAAAGAAGAAAAGAGCAUUAGAGUGACACAUCAUUAACACAUAAAUAAUAGGGGAAGGGUUGUAAAAUUUUCUAGAGAAUGUAGGUGUUGUGCUAUUUUGCUUGUGAUCUUGAAUACUUGUAUGAUGCGGAGCUGUAGAAUAUGUGGAUAACAUUCCCAUUCAAAGCAUUUCUUAUAAUAAAUAAUGGCUUUCCUAGCUUUCCAACUGUGUACUACCUUGGGGUGGGGGGGUUGGUGUUUGGGGAAUGUUUUUAGACAUUGCUAUUUUUUGAAGAUCAUCUUGUUCCUUUUGUCUAUCGAAAUAUUCAGUAGGAUUGUAAGGCUCAUUCUCUUUCGAGUUCUCUCUUUUUAGGAUGCUAUAUCCUUGUUCUAUUAUGUCCUUUUCUCUGUUCUAACAAAUCAUUCGUAUUUUUUUUUUAAAAAAAAAAGACACCUUUUGAGCUCCCAGUUCUUUAUGAGUCAAUUUUGGAGCAAGAAUCAAGCCCGAUUCCAUUCACUGAUGCCACAUAUUAAAGGGUGGGAUUCCAUGGUGAAAGAUUUGGGAAACUAGAUAGGAAGGAAUAUGUAUACUGAGAGGCCCGUGAUGUGUAACAGCUAGGUGAUGUAAUGGAGAAACUCAAUCAUAUUUAUGAGUCUAAGAUGGAUGGCAAUCACACACUGCAUAUUAUCCCAGAUUCUAGGCAAGUGAAGGCAGAUGAGCUGCAGCCUGGAAUCUGCUACCUGCAGAUGACCGCUGUCAAUCCAGUCAUGGAAGAUGAAGAUUUAGGAAGCAAAUGAGAAAGAAUCUUUUCUCUUUCCACAGGAACUGUCCGUGCACGUGCACACAUAUUUGACCACUUCUUGUUUAACACUCCAAUUACAAAAAAUGGUAAAACCCAAGGCAGAUUGGAAGAUCAGUGGAAGAGGAGGUCUGGUCUGUUCUUCAGACUGAAGGGUCAUUCCCUGCUCUGGUGAACAGGCUUUUGGUAAUAAAAUCUGAAUCUCUUGAGUUCUCACCUGUCGAGAAUGCAAUUGGAAUGAUUGAAACUCGCACAGCUGCCUUACAAAAUGAGCUCGAGGAGCCCCGCAGCUCUGAAGGUGAUCAACUUCCACAUCUCCAAAGUUUGCAGAGAAUUCUCCAAGGCAGUGUUGCAGUUCAAGUAAACAGUGGAGUUUUGAGUGUCUGCACGGCAUUCCUGUCAGGUGAACCUGCUGCAAGGUUGUCUUUGCAAGAACUGCAGCAACUCAUCGCUGCACUACUUGAAUUUAUGGCCGUUUGCAAGCGUGCUAUUCGGGUACACUUUAGAUUGAUUGGAGAGGAAGGCCAAGAUUUCCACACGCAGCUUUUGAAUGGAUUUCAGUCCCUCACUGCAGUGUUAUCUCAUUACAUCCCCGCCAUUCUUGCUGAACUCUGAUGUUGUUGCUGUAACAUGAUCUGUUUCAUUGCUUGCAAGGCAUCCUGUUCAUAUGUCAGUAGUGAUAUUUUGUGCAAACUGUUCAUGGCUCGAACAUAUAAACAAUGUGUUCAGUUAACCAAAACACUCUCUUUUGUACUUGGUCUACUUGCUAAUUCAAAAGGUGCCUAGCACAUGUUGUGUGGUCCCGCACCAUGUGAUGGGAGGACCAUCACAUUAAUUAGCAAAGCUGUCUCUUUAAAUUAAAUGAGCUGCCACUGUAGAUGGCAUCAGCAAAAUUUGAGAAGAAACAGAAGAGAAAAACGUGAGAAAGAAAGAAGAGGAGGUAGCAGAACAGUCUGUCUUCUUUCUUCGAUUUCCAGUUCGUUCACCGUUGGAUCGGGCUGAGAUUUGACAGCAGCUUCUAGACACGUUCCUCUUCAUUCUGAACGGUUGGAUUGAAGAUUGGUGGUGUGGAAGCUGGUCGUUUUGACAGAAAACAGGGCUGUCAGUGUUGUGAGUUUUUCUCUAAUAUUACUCUCUUUAAUCUUGUUGUAAUCCGAGAAUAAGUUGUUCUUGAUGAUAUAUAUGUUGUAGCCCUUAGUUGAAUAUGAGGAAGAACAGUUAUGAACCCAUUAUUUGUGAUAGUGGAAGUUUUUAGGUGGACUCCGGUCCCGUGGUUUUUCUAGCAUCGGGUUUUCCGUGUAAAAAUCUUGGUAUUGAUUUGUGUGAUUAUUUGCAUUAUAUUUGAUCAUUGUUUGGUUCUGUUUUUUACUGCACAAA